GCACUCCCCCGGCACCCCCCCCGACUGGGCCCCCGCGCCGUCGCCCCCGCGGCGCGCGUCUCCCCCGGCCCUCCGCCCCGUGGUGAACACGAGCAUGGCGUCCCGAGCUCCCGAGCCGGUCGAGGACGCGUCGAAAUUCCUGAGCCCCGCGCUGACUAGUAUCACCGAGUCGCUGUCGCUGCUCGGCCUGAGCCCCGAGACGCUGGCGAUGAGCCUGGGCGAGUCGCUGGCGGAGCGCUACCUGGCGACUCUGCGGCCGAAGCCGGCGGCGGUGGAGCGCGCGCCGCCCACGCCUUGCGGAGCGCUGCGCCGCGCGCCCGCCGCGGACGCCAACCUGCAGCUCUUCUCCAACGACUUCAUCGACUAUCUCAACCAGCUCGCGUAAUCGUGCUCGUGCAACUACUGUGGCGUUUUGGACUCUCGCGACCUCCGUCGAGGCGCUAGGAAUAAUUUUUGUUAAAAUUAAGUUGGUAUUAUUGAAAAUAAUUUUAUGCAUCGGUUUAGAUCGUCCUAUUGAUUUUAUUUUAAUUUUAUUCUGCACUUUGUUGUUUAAAAUAGAUGUUGUUUUUAUCGAAAGUAACGUUUAGUAGUUAGACGCCCGGAACUGCAUUUUUUUAUGUUUCGAUUCGAUCGUGAAUGUCCUUUAGAAGGAGACCAGAUUUUUUUAAAAUUCUACCUACGGUUUUCAGUGAUACUGAUUUUGUACCCUAUGCAAUAGGGGUAUUCAAGUGGUGUGUUAUUUAGUUCAAUUUAGUUUAUUAGUUAUGUUUUAUUUUAGCAAAAUUUUUAACUAAACUUAAGUGUUAUACAAUAUUUUUUUGUAAGUUUAUGCUAAUCUUUUUUCACCCACCAGAAUGGCACUCACAUCCGGCAAAGGACAUGCAUUGCCAUGUUUGUUUUUUCAUGAUUUAUCUUACAUUAUAUUCGUCACUUAAUUAUGGUAGUGGUUUUAAUUAUAAGCGAUUGCUGUGUCACCAAUAAUUAGCGUUUCAAUAGCUAUUAUCUUUAUUGUAGUCUUACGAAUGCAUUCAAAUUGUUUUGUUUUUUUUUUCAUUAUUCGUUCAGUGAUCAGCGGACUCGGUGUUAAGACAACUCGCGUGUAUAUUUUGGAACCGUGCCAUAUCAAGAAAAAAUUUGGACAGAAUCAUGACCGUUUAUCACUGAUAGCAUUUAUGGAGCAUACUGUUUUUGUUUAUUCAUUAACGUUUCGGCUAAAUAUAAUUUAGGUUAAGGAUUUUCUUAUAAUUAUCAUAAAUGUCUAUUUAUUUAUAAGAAUCGCUUUAACAUUUGUAAGCGUAUAAGUGAUGCACAUUUACUCAUUAAAAUAUUUAACGUUAACGUUUUAGGUAAGGUUUUUGAUACAUUUGAUACUUACUACGAAGUGAUUAAAAGUGAUAAAAUAAUGCUAGCGCGUGUUUCGAAAGACCAAGUGGUGCGGAUAGGUAGGCUUGAGGCUGCACACUACGUUUACAUAGACGACAUUUUUCUGCUAAAAUAUUGUGUGCAAAAUGAAAUAGCAAUAUAGUAAACGUUAAUAUUGGCAGUCUAAAGCAUGUACAAACAAAGGCGCAUAAAAGCAGAAAUAGCGCCGUUAUAAUAUAGGAAAUAUGUUUCCACACAUUUUGCUGAAAUUCUCUUUGGAGAGGAACUGCUUAUGAUAAUCAAAACACCAAUGCAUGAAAAUGAACAUAUAUAAACGUAGUGUGGCAGUAAUUAAUGUUACGUGAUAACGGUGGACGUACGUUCACUUUAGGCAAUAAUUCUAGAAAGACUUUAAAACAUUUUAUAGGUGAAAAUUUUUGCAUUCUUCUAAAAAAAAUUAACUGCCAUUUACCUUUUAGUGAACUAAAGUGGUUUAUUCAAUGUUUGCCCCCUAGAUUUUAAAUUUUCAACCCCUAUUAUUAAGGCGGGUUUAAAAAUCUAGGAAUUGAGCUCGAAAUAGAAUGCUUCGGUUUUUAGCUAACGACUCCUGUCGUUUGAACUUAGUGUUGGACUGAGUACGGCGUUGCUCGUAUGUUGCGUAGUUUUAGACUUCAUCACGUAUCACGUAGCUCAUCACGUCUAUCACGUCUAUCACGUAGGUCAUCACGUCUAUCACGUAAGUCAUCACGUUCUAUCACGUAAGUCAUCACGCUAUCAUCCGCAUCACAGCACUUCUUCAUUUCAUCUGGCACAGUCUGAGUGGAGGCAUACUGGUAAACUAUCACAAAUAUA